AUGGCCAACAUCAGCUCUAAGAGUGAGUUCCUCCUGCUGGCAUUCGCAGACACGCAGGAGCUGCAGCUCCUGCACUUCGCGCUCUUCCUGGGCAUCUACCUGGCUGCCCUCCUGGGCAACGGCCUCAUCCUCACAGCCAUAGCCUGCGACCACCGCCUCCACACCCCCAUGUACUUCUUCCUCUUCAACCUCGCCCUCCUUGACCUCGGAUCCAUCUCCACCACUCUCCCCAAAGCCAUGGCCAAUUCCCUCUGGGACACCAGGGCCAUCUCCUAUCAAGGAUGUGCUGCACAGGUCUUUUUCUUUCUCUUCUUCAUAUCAGCAGAGUAUUAUACUCUUACUGUCAUGUCCUACGACCGCUACAUUGCCAUCUGCAAGCCCCUGCACUACGGGAGCUUCCUCGGCAGCAGAGCUUGUGCCCAGAUGGCAGCAGCUGCCUGGGGCAGUGGCUUUCUCAAUGCUGUCCUGCACACGGCCAGUACAUUUUCCCUGCCCCUCUGCCAAGGCAAUGCUGUGGACCAGUUCUUCUGUGAACUUCCUCAGAUCCUCAAGCUCUCCUGCUCAAACUCCUACCUAAGGGAGUUUGGGCUUAUUGUAGUUAGUCUCUGUUUAGCAUUUGGUUGUUUUGUUUUCAUUGUGCUGUCCUAUGUGCAGAUCUUCAGGGCUGUGCUGAGGAUGCCCUCUUCCCAGGGCCGGCACAAAGCCUUUUCCACGUGCCUUCCUCACCUGGUCGUGGUCUCCCUGAUGGUCAGCACUGCCACAGUUGCCUACCUGAAGCCCCCCUCCAUCUCCUCCCCAUCCCUGGACCUGGUCGUGUCAGUUCUGUACUCAGUGGUGCCUCCAGCAGUGAACCCCCUCAUCUAUAGCAUGAGGAACCAGGAGCUCAAGGUUGUCCUGCAGAAACUCUUUGGAUACAUGCUUCUUCAUCUUAAUAAUGGACCCAAAGUCCUAACAGGACUCAAAGUUUUUCUUACAAUGUGUUAG